AACCUGGAAGAAAAACUCCGGCAUUUGUGAAGAACCGCGUUGCGCCCGACAAUGCACAUAUUAAUCGAAAACGGUUGAAGUGCACGGUUUGUAUGCAUUUGCCUUUAUCGUAUGGUUGAUCAUCACCGAUCAAGAGUGUGAUGACAACCAACCCCCUGUUUUACAAGAGCCCAUGCCCGUAGCCUCCUGAUGUGGAAGUUUUGAAAUCAAACCUACAGUCACACCAUGUCGAAUGCCGCACGUUAAUGCACCAGCUGUAAUGUAAAAGGGAGACUGGAAGUUCUACACCAGUGUUUGGGUAACGCCCAAGAUGUAACUUAUGUAACUUGUAUUUAUCCUCGAUUAAAUCAUACAUGCUAGUUCGUUAAACACCUUUAUACUCAUAAUCAUCGAUUCGAAAACACUCACAGGAGUUUCCUCUUUGAAUCCGGGUCACGGUUACCGUGAAUAUUUCCGUUUGGGUUCAAGUGAAAGAAUGCAUUACCGUGGUGUUUCCUCCUUUCGGUAGUCCAGCCUUUUCAGUCACGUCACACACGCAGGCAACAUUUAUGCAGUCAAAUCCGCAGUUCGUGUUUGUAUUUGCUUCGGUGUGCCAUCUCUUCAGCUUCGCGUGAAGGUGGGUUCUGCUGCGCGGUAAAUUUUCAUUAUACAAGAUCAGUCCGCUGACUGGACCGUUGUCCGCGCAGUCAUCAUGGGAGACGAGAUGAGUGGCGUGGUGAAGUGCGUGGUUGGCGUGGCAGUCACCGUGGUUGUACUCAUUCUGAUCCUGGUCCCUGUGUCCUUUCAUGGUGUGGAAUAUUACGAGAUGGGAUUCGUUAGGCGCAGGACCAGCGGUGCCGUCGAUACCAGCUAUGUUUACCAGGCUGGGAAUCACUAUAUCGGUUUAGAUGCCGAAUUCAAGGUGUUUAAAGCCGACGCCCACAUGGUGACGUUGGAAUCGAUAUCAGUCUUCACCAAAGAACGACUCGAAGUGAAGCUGGACUGCAAUUUCCAGUACUUUCUCCGUCCCGAGGAUCUGAAAUUGCUUCACGACACCUACGAUCUUCAGUACGAGGAGACACUGCAGAACAGUGCUGUGGACGCGCUCAAGGGGGCGACAUCAGACUUCACCCCGCGGGACUUUGGCUCUGAGCGCGCUAAUAUCGAGCAGGUGCUAUUCCGCGCCGUUAGGAAGAGGCUAGGGGGAACGUGCUGUAAGCCGUCAUGCCAGGACCUACCGGAAGGUUGCGAGCCAGGCUGCAAACCGCUGGAAGACUGUACCAGUGAGGACAAAGGGUUAUACGCCGACGUGCGAUACUUCCAGCUCGGCUUCGUUGAGCUUCCGAAUGAGGUGCUUAGUCGCAACCUCCAGACGCUGACACAGCUGGAGGAUGGGGUGGGAGAGACGUACAGGCAAGAGGAGCAGCUUGUGAGAAAGACUACAGAAGAGUUGGUCACGAUUAUCGAAAACGCCGCCGAAGAAAUCACCCAGAAUGCAACGGCCCAAGCUGCCCUUAUUGGCUCGCGGGCUCAGGCCGAAUCGCGCGCCACGGUCGAGACCUCGCACAACCUGGGACUGGCCCGGAUCUACGCCGACCUGAACAUCACAGGGCAAGACCAGAAGGCAUCCCUGAACUACAUCCGCACCUUGAGGGACCACCAGACCGUGUUCCUGACAGUCAACUUCAACUCACUGGUGACUGGGCCCGUGUACGGGUCGUCAAAUUAGCGGGCAGUGAAACAGAUGGAGGGGUCGAGAAGUACGUACUUCGCUGAUCAAAAAUACCAGGACGGUUACGACUUUGCAGUUUUCUUAGUUUGGCGAUCGAGGGUUUAAACCCUCAUCAACCCUUCCCAAAGUUGGUGAAUACGUGUGUUUUAGAAUCUCUUGCAUUGAAAUCGUUUGUUUAAUGUGUGCUCAGAACUGCUUCCUGUCAAGAUUUUUUUGGUGUGAGCGUGAAAGCUCCUUCCCUGUAUCUGUAGUUAAACCCCGGGGACCAUAGCUAUUGUCGAAGGCAAUGGGGACGAGGUUGUGUAUGACUGAGCGACUUCAUGGGGUUUGUGCAUGCAUUAAAUGAUAUUUGCUCAAUUAAAAUUCCCACAGGUAUCCUUACAUAAAUAACAGGCCCAAAGGGAAUUUUUGUCAAAGGCCAGUUUUCUCAAUGAUACUUGUGAUAGGCAACCAUGAUAAUUGGAAACCCCUUUAAGAUACGUAUAAUUUGAUUGAAUUCUACCUGUAGUUUCGUGCAUUUAGAGCGCAAGUUAGGCAUGCAGUGUGCAAAUGAUUACCGUAAGUUAUUUAUUUUGUUCUAAUGAACUUAAGCAUUGGUAAUUUUUCCAAGAAAUAAUAACGAACUUCUCACGAAAUCCGAAUUAUA